AUGGGUCUCGCAAAGAUGGAAAUCGAACGCUUCAAUGGCAAAGGAGAUUUUGCUUUGUGGCGUCAGAGAAUGAAGGCAAUUCUUGUUCAGAUGAAAAUCUCCAAGACGAUCGAUCCUGAAGCCAAACACGCUGAAUCGAUCACGGCUGAAGACAAGGCAGAGAUGAACGAGCUUGCAUACAGCACGAUCGUUCUGUAUCUUGGAGACAAAGUUUUGCGAGAAGUCGCCAAUGAGAAGACUGCCAUUGGCGUUUGGGCGAAGCUUUAG